CCGUCCUACACGUACAGCACCUUUCGCCCUCCAUCAUCACAUAGACGGGCGAUGCUGACCUCAAUCCCUCCUACCACCCGAUAACAUUCGUGUCGCAAUGACACGCUCCGAAGAACCUCUCCUGGCGCGCCCAAGCUCCCCCAACUCCUCGAUUGACAACAUCGAUGAAGAAGAUGCCCUCCUCACAGGCCGGUCCGCACACCACACACCUUCCAAAUUCGCCCGUUGGCGCGAGAUAGGUGUCUUCGUCUGGGCCCUCCUCGCCACGAUUGCUGUUGUCAUCCUCGCGGUGGUCUAUCAACAUGAAACAUCAAUUCAGCGGCACCGCACCGGGGGUUGGGGCCCUGAUGGCAAACCGACGGGCAAAAGAAACAUGAUAUUCAUGGUGUCAGAUGGUAUGGGUCCUACCUCCCUAGCCAUGACUCGAAACUUUCGCCAACACACGUCCGGUCUGCCUAUCGACGACGUUCUCGUGCUGGACCGACAUUUGAUUGGCUCCUCCCGCACUCGCAGCACAAGCAGCCUGAUCACUGACUCGGCUGCCGGUGCGACGGCCUUCUCUUGCGGCUUCAAAUCAUACAACGGUGCCAUUUCCGUUCUGCCAGACCACACACCCUGCGGCUCCGUUCUUGAAGCGGCCAAAAAGGCAGGCUACAUGACAGGACUUGUGGUCACAACACGCAUCACAGAUGCCACUCCUGCCUGUUUCGCCUCGCAUGCCAACAGGCGUGAAUAUGAAGAUCUGAUUGCCGAGCAAAUGAUCGGACACUAUCCCCUCGGUCGCGUCGUCGACAUCAUGAUCGGGGGAGGACGAUGCCACUUUCUGCCCAACACCACCCAAGGCUCCUGCCGGGCCGACUCCACGGACGUCGUAUCCUUGGCUCAAGAAAAAUACGGUUUCAAAUAUGUCGACAAUAGAGCCGACUUCGAUAACCUCGAGGCUGAGGGUGGAGUUAAAUUGCCUCUCCUCGCGCUUCUCGCGUCGACUGAUAUUCCCUACGAGAUUGACCGUGUGCACGUCUCUGACACAUAUCCAAGCCAAGCCGAGAUGGCUGAGGUCGCACUCAAGGCCCUCUCCGCCGCAACCAAGGACAGUGACAAGGGUUUCUUCCUAAUGAUCGAAGGCUCCCGCAUCGACCAUGCAGGCCACGGCAAUGACCCAGCGGCUCAAGUUCACGAAGUCAUGGCUCACGACAAAGCAUUUGCGGCCGUCCUCAAAUUCCUCGAACAAGACACAACCGAGGGCGUUUUGGUCUCGACAUCGGACCAUGAAACAGGUGGUCUCGCCGCCGCACGACAGUUGCACCAAACAUAUCCCAUGUAUAGAUGGUAUCCUGAAGUUCUCGCCAACGCAAGCCACUCAGGCGAAUGGAUGUCCAGCGCGUGGGCCGAGUGGGCGGAUAGCUCGCCAGACUGGUCACGAGAAGACAAGACUGAGAAGCUUUCUGAUCUUUUGAAGUCCGGUCUGGGCAUUGUAGACUACACGCAAGAAGAGAUCGACGCAGUCAUUGAUGCCAAACCCAUCUGGCCUCCGUCGUACCUUUUCGCGGAUAUGAUCUCCCGUCGCGCACAGAUAGGCUGGUCUACGCACGGCCACAGUGCGGUCGAUGUGAACAUCUACGCUUCCAGCCCCGACCACGCCCCGGGUCUAGUGGGCAACCAUGAGAACAACGAAGUCGGCGAGUUCAUUGCCGAGUAUCUCGGCCUUGACCUCGAUGCGGUCACGGAGGAAUUGAAGGCCAAAGGCGUCAAGACUUCGUCGUCUGAUUCAUCACAAGAACAGGACCAGGAGUGGGGUGAAUGGAUGGGUCCCCUCGGACUACCGGUAAACGAGAAUGGACAGCUCGUUCAUCUCGAUGAAUACCACGGCGAUUUCAAACAUAGAAAGCGCGAGGCCGAAUUUAGUUCGGAUUGCGGCUGUGGGCUAAAGCAUUGAGAUAGUGAAUCAACCGGAAUAGUAUAGCCAUUGCAUGACACAGCACAACACAUUAUACCACCGGCUUAUACAACGCGGUUCAGGAAAUAGGGCCUGGGCAUCAUAUGAUGUUGGCAAAUUGUAUAGAAUGCAUCAUGAAUAGGGAGUACGGGGAAUUGGCAUCACGGAAUUUGAUUAAUGAUGCAGCAUAGUUUUAUAGACAACGAACGUAGAUUAUGAAGUCGAUCGUUACUUUG